AUGAGACGAAGUGUCAGAGUACGGCACUCACUGCGGCGAAAGGACUCACUUCUUCUCUCGUACCAUGUCAUCUCUUACCCACCCAGCGGUUUUAAGUUCCCCUUGCGCACAGAGCAGCUGAGAGACAUCAGCGAGCCCCUCAGCACACUCCAGGAGGAGGAGGAAGACCCUGGAAUAGCCACAACCAGUCGGGACACAGCGGCAACAAUGCCAGCUCGAUGGAAGAUGGAUGCCAAGAUGGAGAAUGGUUCCGGGGUCCCCGCAACCAGUUUAGGCCCUUUUAGCAAAGCCUGUGAGACUGAGAUCAUGCACAAGAGACCUGUCAACAAGGACUAUGUCGCACCAGGAGGCCGAGACGAGAGUCGGAGCUGCAAGAAGGGGAGCGCCGAACAGCACCCUCCCCAUGUCACCGUGGUAACCUCAAGCAGCCCGCCUGGGGAUCAAAGGUCUGAAGCGAAGCCAGCCUCGGAUGGAGGGAGACCGAGCCCCAGUGGGACCCAGCUGCCUGCCGCCCAUGCAGGUCAACCCAGCAACCGCUUUGAGGAGGGGACCGCCAACCCACCCCAGCUUGGCAAGCCUGAGGAGCUAGGCCGCAUUGACAUUGCCCAGCAACCCCAGACUGGAAAGACCGACAAUGGCUCUGCCAAGCCGACUGAAGCCACAGUAGAGAAACCAUUGCCCGCUCCACGUCUAAAGAAGAUACAGCAGGGUUUGACACUGCCCACCCGAACUCUGGCACUGCCUGGUGGGAGCGCGGUCAUCUCUGCAGGAGCUCCAGACCCAACGGGCAGGUCCAAGGUGUCAACACCACCGUCUGAUGCCGUCGGCCGCGGUUCGGAGCGCAACUCCAAUGCAGAAGGGUCAAUCCCGACCACCAACGUGCAGGAUGGUACAGCUGGCACCAGCAGGUCCACUCCCGGCUCUUUGGCCGCGCAGACGACACCACCCUCGAGGGACUCCGCAACCAAUCAGAACGAGGAUGAAAGCAAAGCCAAGCAGAAAGCCCCACCUACAAUGUUACUCCUCAAUAGGAGUGGCCAAUCGCCACAGACCACCGAAUCCAAUCUGGGAGCUGUGAGCCCAGAGGAGAGAGCACAGGAACCCUGUUUACAAAGCCCCGUCCAGAGUCUGGCCAAUACCUGCCGUUCUCUCCUGGAUUGGUGUAAGGAGGUGACGCGAGAUUACCAGCGGCUGAAGAUCACCAAUUUUACCACCUCCUGGCGGAACGGCCUGGCCUUCUGUGCCAUCCUGCACCACUUCCACCCCGAGCUCAUAGAUUACUCCUCACUGGACCCUCAUGACAUCAAAACCAACAACAAGAAGGCCUUUGAUGGUUUUGCCAGCCUCGGCAUAUCCCGGCUUCUGGAGCCAGCUGACAUGGUGCUGCUCGCCGUUCCUGACAAGCUCAUCAUCAUGACCUACCUGAGCCAGAUCCGGGCCCACUUCACCGGGCAGGAGCUCAAUGUGGUGCACAUCGAGGAGAACAGCAGCGAGAGCACCUAUAAGGUAGGCAACUUCGACUCGGACUCCCACAGCUCGCUGGACCCUGUCCACUUUUAUUCGGAGAGAAUGGAGGCCCGACAGGCAGCCUCAGUGCCGCGGAGGCCCGAUAGGCCGAAGAGGGAGGCCCUGAAGAGGAACAGUCAAGCCCUGACUGGUGACAGCAAGAAUCCAGAUGCCCCUGAGCCCAGUACGGGCUCCCCCACUGCAGUUGAAGUUGCCCUGCCACCUGGUUACCAACCCCAGGCUUCAGUCACCGACGUAGGCCCCCAGGCUGUGGAAGCCAGGCCAGCCACGGGGAUGGCGCCCAUCGCUCCUGUUCGGACCCCGGCCACCCUGCUCAAGGGUCCCGGGACGGCCGAGGAGGCCUCGGAGGGCCCAGGAGGACCCCAGCAGGUGCCCGUGGCCAAGACUCGCAGGAAGCACCGAGGAAUGGUUGUGGCAGAAGAGGAGGGGAGAUCCGUGGGACUGCCAGCCUCGGAUGGUCGUAGGAAAAGCGGCCAAUUAAGCACUGUAGUUAAUGAUGGGAUACCCAUUGGGGAAACAGCCUUAGAUGUCCACGAGAAGAGUGGCCAGCUGGUCAUUACAGAGGAUGAUGGGAUACCCAUGGGGGCAAAAGCCUCAGAGGAUCAAGGGAAGAGAGGCCAACUGGUCACAACUGAGGAUGAUGCUAUACCCACGGGAACAAGACCUUCAGAGGACCAUGGGAAAAGUGGCCAACUGGUCAUCACAGAGGAUGAUGACAUACCCGUGGGGUCAAGAGCUUUGGAGGACCAUGGGAAGAGCAGCCAACUGGUUGUGAGAGAGGACGACGGGGCACCCUUGGGGGCAUCAACAUUGGAUGAGCUUGCAGAGACCAAAGAGGUGUCCUCUGUUGAGGAUAAGGGGGCGGAAGGGGUGGAUGGGAAACCCCCAGAACAUGAGACAGCUGUGACCAAUGAGGCGCUGGCAGUGGAGAGGCUGCGGGAUGGGAAUACCAUUGACUCAUCCAUCAGGGAAGAUCCCACGGUGCCAGCCUCACCCACUCUCCAAGAUGGAGUAACAACCAGAGCAGUGUCUGCUCCUGAGGGCAGGGCAGCUGCAGGCAGUGCUGAGGUCACAAAACGUGCCACGACGCCACCUGUUGCCAACAAGCUGGGAAUGCAAGCCAGCCCUGAGCAGCACGCGAUCUCCAGGGAGCGUCCUCAGAACGGGGAGAAGGUUCCAGAAGUGGAAAGGGGGCCCCAGGCGAGGCCGGGAGACAGCGGCGUCUCCACUGGGGGAGAUGCCGAGAGGCCAGUGUCCGGCGGUGGGACCUCGCCCCUUGGAGGGCGAGGGGGAGGUGGCAGGCCAGAACGGAUGCAGCGCUCGCAGUCGUCAGAGAGCAGGUCACCGGGAAGGCCGGGCAAGUCUGGCUUCUCCCACAUCCGGGAUGCCGACCUGGUCAGGAAGAGGCGCUCUCGGAGGCACAGCGACUCACUGGAGGAGACCGACGGCACUCACACCCAGAGCAAUGUGUCGGCCAGCGUGGCAAGGCCGGAGGUGGAUGUUACUGAGGUCCAGGUGGAAAUCUGCUCUGAGUCUUACCCCAGGGUGCCAUCGCCCCAUCAUGUUGGAGUCCAGCAUGGUACUGACCAUCGCCCAGAGAUGAAGAGGCAGAGAUCGGUACAAGAGGAUAUAGCACAGGAGAAAGAGAAUGUUCCGGAAAAAAAGACCGAGGAAGACAAUCCGCGGCUGCGAGACACCAGUCAGUACGUACGCGGGGAGCUGACUGCCCUGGAGAGAGAACAGAGACAGAUCGACUGCCGGGCAGCUGUCGUCGAGAGUGAAUUACGCAGAAUCAUGGGAACUGGUCAAGACAGGAUGGAGGAGGAGGAACUGAUCCAGGAGUGGUUUGUGCUGGUGAACAAGAAAAAUGCACUGAUUCGGAGACAGGACCAACUGCAGCUUCUGGAGGAGGAACAAGAUCUCGAGAGGAGGUUUGAGCUGCUCAACCGGGAGUUACGGGCAAUGUUGGGCAUCGAAGAUUGGAAGAAGACGGACGCCCAGCAGCGCCGAGAGCGGCUGUUAUUGGAGGAACUGGUCUCUCUGGUCGACAAGAGGGACAGCCUCGUUCGGGACCUGGAUGCAAAGGAGAGAUUGGCUGAGGAGGAGGACGCUCGACUCGAGCGAGGCCUGGAGCACAGGCGUCAGAAGUACAGCCGCCGGGAGAAAUGCGUGAUAAACUGAGAAAGAGAGAGAGAGAGAGAGAGAGAGAGAAACAGAGAGAAAAUCGGACAAGAGCUGGGGGCUGAGGUGGCCCAAUGAGACUUGGCCUCGUCCCAGGCGUGAUAGUUUGACGCUCGGCGAUGCUAUUUCAGUCUUCAUCCUGUUGGAAGCCUGAGGCUAUUCGGUUGGGAGUGCAUCAGUCGCCAGGAGGAGAGAGUGUGUGGCGGGAUGGAAGAAAUUGGUGGGUUAGCAGUGCAUUGGUUGGAGUUGGACUGUUUGCUUCAGGGCUUGAAAGUGGUCCCAUGCUCACAUCCUCCCCCCACAACAUUCAACUGUACUGCUGUCUCGGGUUCCCUACCUCCAUAGUUGCUGCUUCCGCUCCUAACCCUUCCCACCUUGGUGAAGUCUGAAAUUAGCCUGGCCUCCUGGCUGGGAAAGAUGGCAGCCAAGGCAGGGGAGGAAGGUUGAGGGGUAGAGGAGGGUGGCCUCUUGGGGAAGGAAAGGAGGAGGAGGAGGAAGAGGGGGUUGAUUCUAUUGGCUGCUAAACUUCCCCUUUCCUGCGCAGAGAGACAUCCUACCACCCGGGCUGAGGGGGCUACACAUGUGCCAUUGUGCUCUGGGAGGACGGUCGGCUACAGGAGGCCUCACUGGCCAGUCCAGCAAGGUGCUAGCCUGCACAUUUUUGCACUGCCUGCGGUUUGCAAGAGGUGACCAGGGUUGUGGAAGGUGGUGGACGUGGGCUGGGGGGAAAUGUUAGUGCUGAACAAUUCCGCACCCCACCCCGAUAUAAAAGAGACGACCCUUGUAAUUCCAGGUUUCCCGUUCCUUCCUUGGUUUCUCUCCCUUCUCAGACUCCGAUCCACUCUGUGAAGAACACUCCCCCUGCCCCUCCCCAACAUCGCACUUCCACUAGUCGGUCUCCGAGAUUUUUUUUCAGAAUGGGAGGUGUGCCCAGUGUGUUUGUGUGGUCUUUAUACUUGGGAUUAAAGGAAGUAGGAUCUGAUGUUCAGGAAAUUAUCCUUCCUUUAUGUUGUUGCACUAUCUGUGAUUUGCUGUUUGGAAUUAAAGCCAUAUUGACAAA